GAAAAUGAGUGACUGGGUAAUGGUAUCAUUAGGUUCUGCAUUUUAGGGCUGCUGAGUGGAAGCUCUGAUUAUUCCUUUUAUGGUCAUGAUCAUUAACAGUAUAAUGCAAAAUCGAAAGUUCCUCUGUAGGGCUUUUGAUUUGAAUGAUGAUAGUGCUUACUGCUUACUUGAUUUAAGAUAUUGAUUGAUUAUAUUAUGAUUAAUUAUAUUAUGAUUAUAUUAUGAUUAAUUUGAUGCUUUUAUAGGUGUAGUGGCAUGUUGUUAUCCCCAUGUUGUUAGGGAACCCUUAUGAGGACAUUGAAGAAAAUGAAGGAGAUACGCACGCCAAGGUAGCAAAGAGAGUAACUAGUAUCACCUACAUAGUUAUAAUACUAUUACUUGUCCUGAAUGUGUGUACGAUAUGGAUCUUCAAGCAGAAGAGGAUACGGUACAUUCACGAGACAGGUCUCUCUCUUCUCUAUGGUGUUGUCGCGGGACUGAUAAUAAAGUUGGUGGGAGUGUCUAUCAGCGAGGUAAGAAGUCCCAGGAUCGGAACAUGUGACAAAGUUACCUACAACUUCUCAGAGGAGACCUUACCCUACUACAUCACAACAGAGUUUACGAACGGUUCGUCAAAAUUAAAGAGAUUGUACGCUUACUCGGACACUCUGAUGAACAAUGAAACAGCACUGGUUGUGAUCAACAAGUUAUCAGAAGCGUUACAAUUUGAUCCGGAGAUCUUCUUCUAUAUCUUGCUGCCACCUAUCAUCUUCUUUGCGGGAUAUGAUCUCAAAAAGAAACAUUUCUUCCGGAAUAUUGGAUCUAUCUUGAUGUUUGCAUUUGUUGGAACGACAAUCUCUGCGUUUGCUGUUGCAGCCAUUAUGUGGCUGUACUGUCAGACGGGAAUGGAAGCAGGGCUCAAAGAGGAGUUCAUAUUUUUCGAGUGUUUACUGUUUGGAGCUCUCAUAUCAGCCACUGAUCCAGUAACUGUACUGGCGUUAUUUUCUGAGCUGAACGUGGAUGUUGACCUGUACGCUCUUAUCUUUGGAGAGUCAGUAAUGAACGACGCUGUCGCUAUCGUCUUGUUCGAGUCAGUGCUAUCGUAUGCGCCCUACAGGAACGCUUCAUUUAGUGCCGUAGGAUUCUUAUCCUGUGUGGGACAAUUCUGUCUCACUUUCUUCGGCUCCUUCUUCAUCGGAACUGUCGUGGGUCUGAUAACAGCUAUGAUAACUAAGUUAACACGACUCUGUGAUUUCCCCGUUUUGGAGACAUCUCUCUUCACCCUGAUGAGUUACUCUUCCUUCCUUCUCUCUGAGGCUGCCGGUUUUACUGGUAUUGUGGGUAUCCUCUUCUGUGCGAUAACACAAGCGCACUACACCUCCCGUAAUCUCUCUGUGGAAUCAAAGCAGCGCGUGUUCGAACUGUUUGAAACACUGAACUUUCUGGCUGAGAACUUCGUGUUCUCCUACAUCGGGCUGUUCUUGUUCACGUACGAUGGUCACGAGUGGAGACCUGGGUUUAUUGUGUGCUCAUUCCUUGCUAUCGCUGUAGCCCGUCUAGUGAAUGUGUUCCCCCUAUCGGGACUACUAAACUUAAACCUCCGCCAGAAGAUACCCUGCAAGUUCCAACUCAUGAUGUGGUGGGCAGGGCUGAGAGGAGCGAUAGCGUUCGCGUUAGCAGCGGAGUACAGCGAAGGAGUUCCCAGGCGGAUAAUACUGACUACCACGCUGGUAAUAGUGCUGGCAACCGUCCUGAUCAAUGGAAGUACCACUACCACUGUACUGGAGCUCCUUAGAAUCAGGAUUGAUCCCCGAUUUGAACGAGUUGGAAUAGUGGAAGAUGCUGAGACUGAUCACAUAAUUAACCAGCUCGCUCAGAAACAAAUAGGAGAUGAAGAUUUGCACAGGCUUCAGGAACAAUCAGGUCUGGGUGAGAUGGGAUGGAGGUUCCUUAAAACAGACUACUCUUACCUGGUGCCUCUCUUCACUAUCGAGGGAUCUACAGCUGAAGACGCGUUUCCCUGGUGUGGGCCUGUAGCAAGAUGGCUGACUUCUGAAAGACGAGCUGAUCGUCAAGAAAGUCUGGGAGAUGACGACGUUUCAAUAUUAGAGGAAUAUAUUCCCGUAGAAGACACAGAAGCGAUAAUUUCACACCGUCGCUCUAAGUCGGAGAUUCCAAGUAGCAGUAAACAGCACGUGACCAACAAUACACGUGACCAACACGUGACCAACAGUAUUCAGAACACUGUUCCUAACUCUUAUCAGAACGAGGAACUUAAUAUGGAAUAAUAUAAUUUCAAAAUUUACAUAAAUUAAUGAUUAAUAAAUGAAGAUUGCAAAUGAAAGUCUCACUUGGUAAUUGGUAUGUCUUCAUUUUUCAGAAAUAAGAAGCGGUGGAAUUAAGAAUUUGAAAUUUUGUUUUGGCAAUUGGCUGUUUGCGUGUUUGAUUGGUUGUUGCUGAUAAUCAAUGUAACGAUUAGAUUUCUUACUGACUUAUCUGUUUAAAUGUAUUCAGAAGAAUAUCUUAGUUUCUCAGGUUAAAAGUUAGCCUCUGAUAUUUGUUUUCCAGGGAUUUGACGGUGUUUGAAACCAAAAACUCAAUUAGUUGACAUCAGUUAAUAUUCAAUUUAUUGAUAUUAAUUAAUUAAUUUGUCGUAUUUUUACUGGAACUAAAACACCGUGCUGGCACGUGUUUUGAUGGAGUGUUGUGUUUUAAUGAGCGUACAUCCUAAUAUUUGAGUUAUAAAUAAGGGGUCGUUCACAUAUUACGUUAU